GCCUCAAAAGCGUGUUAUGGCGCUCGUUUGGUGUUGAUGUCGUGCGCCAUACGCGUCACUGACAUGUGAUGGUGAUGGAUUGCGGAAGGAGCGCACGGGCGCAGCAAGUCGCGUCAAGUUGCGACGUCGUCGAGCUUCAAUGCGCAGGCAGCAAAUGCGGACACGCGUACCUAAAUUACGACAGCAUGUGUAGUGACUUGGAAUCACCUUCCGGACACCUCAACCUCAGACACACCCAGCAUGUCCAUGGAUCCCUCUGCUAACCUGCAGAUAUACUCACCACCAGCCUCGGGGCGCUCAAGUCCAGCACCACGAGCCUACCGCAACGCUACAGAAGAGUCUUUGUAUAAGAAAGACAAAAGCUUUCGCAGGUACGCUGCUGGACUCGAACGCGCGCUCGCCCUCUGGGACACUGCACAGCAAGAAUGGGCCGACUAUAUAUCUUUUCUGGGGCGGCUGCUAAAGGCCCUGCAAUCGCAUCCGCCCGAAAUACCAGUCAUUCCACAUAGCGACACAGUCGCACUGCGGUUAGCGCAAUGCUUGAAUCCAGCAUUGCCCUCAGGCGUACAUCAGAAGGCCCUCGAAGUCUACGGCUACGUCUUCUCGACCAUUGGAAAACAUGCCCUAGCCCGUGACUUGAAUUUGUACUUCCCUGGUCUUGCCUCCGUACUCUCCUUUGCGUCGCUCUCGGUCCGUCCGCUCUUCCUUUCCGUGUUUGAGAGCCACAUACUACAACUGGAUGGAUCUGCACUUCGACCAGCCCUAAAGGCUAUCAUUUUGUCUCUCCUGCCAGGUCUAGAAGAUGAGACAAGUGAGGACUUUGAGCGCAUGGUCUCGGCGCUCGACAAGCUACGCAAAGCUGUUCAAAGUCAUUCGGACGAGGUCACUGAUGUCGGAAAUGCGAGCGAGUCGUCUCACUUCUGGCAGUGUUUCUUCUUAGCAACAAUCACAAACGCAUCCCGGAGACAAGGCGCCCUGGCGUUCCUUGUUCGCCGCUUGCCUAAAUUUGGCCUCCCCGGUCGCCGCACGCUGAAUCCAAAUGAUAGUACAAUACCCAUAGAAACCUUACCUGUCGAAGCUGAAGCUGCCGUUUCUCCAGAGCCUGGGCUUCUUGUCCGCUGCUUUGAAUCUGGCCUCUUGGACUCCCAGCUGCUGAUCCAACGAGGGUUUCUUGAUUUACUCGUCAGCCACUUACCUCUCGAUUCUCCAAUCCUGCAACAACGCAUAAAUAAGGGGGAUCUUGAGCGACUAGUUGCUGCUGCGUCUAGUGUUGUGUCGCGGCGAGACAUGAGUUUGAAUCGUAGACUGUGGGCAUGGUUCCUUGGUCCAGAACCUGCUGCUAUUGAAAACGACGGGAACGUAGGUUCUGCUCUCAACUCACCGACACAGGACAAACACAACGCCGUCGCAGAUCCCUCUGCCUACCAAGCAGCUUAUUUCUCCCACUACGGUCUGGAGGCGCUCAGCAGUAGCGUAUUGAAAAUGAUCAAUCGACGGGGAAAAUCCCCUUCCGAGCGAGCGCGCCCUUUCCGAGUAUGUCUCUCACUGAUGGAUCGUUGGGAGGUGGGUGGCCUGAUCGUACCUGAGAUCUUUCUCCCAGCUCUACAGAGUGUUCAGUCAUACAGCGAAGUGGCUUCUAAAGAAGAGGUGGAGGAAGUCAUGAAGAGCGCCAGUGCCUUCUUCGACGGCGUGGACAGUGGCCUCAUCUGGGGAAAGCUGGUACAUCUAGUUACAUCGUCGUUGAACGUCAAAGCCGUCAGUCGCGAUGAAGCCCUUCAGCAAUCAAGGCUGGCAAAAUUCGUACUGGCUCGCUUCAAUUUGAAAGAAGAGGACAUGGUAUUGCAUCACAUGCCUCUGAUGGUUCUUUCUACAUUGGUCUCACUGAACGAGGCAUUUGCGGACACUACCAAUUCAAGUGUCGACCCUGAAGUUGUUGAUAUAGCUUUCGAAAUCACAGACUCUCUCGUUCAGAUUGUACCAGACAGAGCUUUCCAACCCGACCAAGGCACUAAGCUAGAGAUGUCUGAGGCAGGCAAAGCGCUCCGAGAGACAGCACUUCAGCAGAUAAAGAUAUUCUACGACGAAUCUCAGGGCAGCCUCGAUGCUACUGAUGCCCCGUUCAACUCAGCUGAAUUGGGCCAAAUGGUUCUGCGCGAAGCUUCAUCCAUGUUCGCAGCAUCUAUGGAGCACAAAAUCGCACGUGUUUCAGCUGAGAUGCCCUCCCGAAUUUUGGCCAAUUUGAUAUCAAAGGUACAGGACAUGGAGGCUGUGAGCGAGGUCGAUCCUUCUACUGUCUUGCAACGCGUCCUUUCGACGUUCGCAGAGACUCGCGAGAACCUCCCCUUCACUCACUUAAGUGCCAUGACUGGUGUACUGUUCGCACUGCAGACAUCUCGACUCUCAGAACCUUUCAUCGCUCCAUCACAACUAUCGGAAAUCUUUCAUCCACUCGUUGCCUCUCUCUGGCACUACCUCUCGCCACUGAUGCCGAAAUAUCAUGUGGAAGCUGCGCAGUGCAUCUUGCAACUACACACAGUUGCUCCUGCUAGUCGAAUGGUUGAGGCUGCAAUCUCCUCGAUCAUCGUAGAACAGCUCUCACAGACCUCGAGCAACGCAAAUACCGCAGAUUGUGGUCAAAGAUUUGCACUUCUGUGGACGCACACAAUGUAUGAGAUGAGCCUACAGUCGGAGAAGCGUGGUGCCUUGAUACGCCGACCCAGCGGUAACAAUGUGACACAUCCUUCACUCCCGCCAGGAGAAUUCCAUGCCGUUUUGACUAGGCCACUUCUCCUACUCCUAGAUACGCUUACCGAGGAAGCAUCUGAAACUUCAACUUUUAUCCGAAGCUGGCUACAGGACUUGCCGAGUUUGAAUAUGGUCUUCGAGGUUCUUGCAAUCCAUAUGCAGUCAUUGCAAUGCUUGAAUGCAACAGAGAGCUUGAUUCCUGACGAAGCUUCGAAAGCACCUCGACCUCGAUCUAGAGGAGAUGAUAGCAAAGAGUGCUUGUAUUACUUAGGACACUUCCUCCAAAUCCUGAAACAUCCUUCGCAAAUGAUGUGGGCAACACUUGCUGAGGCGCCGGCCGAGGGAUCGUCAUCACGAACGUCACUGCAAGAAUGGCUCGUACGUACGUGUCUGAGGACACUUUCAGUCCACGUCGGAAGUGCAGAGAUACCUACCCAGCUUCAUAUAUCGCAGCUCCAUCAAACCUCUGUGUCUCUCAUAUCCCAAAUCUACCAGAGUCCUUUCUCGUUCCCACUAAGAGAGCUGGAGCUUGAGGUACCGUUGAUGGCAAGACUAAAAACAGCUGGCCCCUCUUUGCAGGGACUUCUCCUGGGUGCGAUACUUUCCGCGCUCAAAUUACGCCUUACUCGCCCAACAGAGGAACCAGUCCCAGAACCGAAGACUCCCGGUCAACCAACCCACUUGGCCAGGAUGUCGAUGGCAUUAAGUAGGGCGUCUUUGGACACCGGUCCUACAUCCAUUCCUCCACCCCCGCAACUGGUUGAAUGUUUGAAGUAUGGUUUCUCGUCGCCCGCCAGUCGCUUGGUACUGGAUGACUGGGUUCAGUUUCUAAUCGAAGUUCUGCCUAUGUUUGCCGAUACUAUAUUUCAGAACCUUCUACCUUUGGUGGAAUGCUUCUGUAAGCAAAUUGGUUCUACGUUUGAACACCUCAAGUCCACGUUUGAAGAACACAUAGCGACACCAGGGAAAUCACCAGAAUCAACGCUCAUUUCAUUGAUCAACGGACUGGAACAAAUUCUGGCUAAGGCACACGAUCGACUCAUGCUACAAGAGACAAAAACGUCUGCCACUAGGUCUCCCGAGCAGCCUCAAGGCUUUUUCAGCAACGUGGUUUCUGGAGUUUUUGCUUCAGAUAUCAACCAGACACGAACUCCCACUGCCAACAGUAGACUCACAGUUCUACUGUGCUUCCAGGAUACAGUGCGAAUCUGCUUCGCGAUCUGGUCGUGGGGAGGUUAUGGGCAGAAGCAGGCACAUCAGGAUCCAACCUCAGCCUUAUCGCUCGGAUACACGUCCCUGCGUAUGCGCAAUCGAGCUCGCAGAAUCUUGGAGCAUCUAUUUGCUGCGGAAGCGCUGGAAUGCCUAGAGACAUUAGCAGUCCUCUGGACCCAUGCUGCAAAGGACGAUAUUCAGGAGACUGCAAUCAUGGGUCUCCUCAACGUUCUUAACGGCUCUAAACCUAAGCACACAAUCCCGGCAAUCUUCAACGCAGUGUACAGUCGGACAGAUCCUAAUGCGCUCGAUACCAACCGCAUGUCGACAUUGACUUCUAAUUUGUCCGACACUGAUCUUGUCGCGUUUCUCGUCGAGUAUACGAAGUCGCUAGAGGAUGACGCUAUGGACGAGAUAUGGCAGGACUGCACCCUCUUUCUUCGUGAUGUCCUUGCAAAUCCACUUCCCCAUAGACAGAUUUUGCCUACUCUUCUUGAGUUUACGGCUGUCAUUGGGCAAAAAGUCGAUAACACUCAUUUUGGCGAACAGCGAAAGAUGCGGAGAGAGCUUGCAGAUAUCUUCGCGCGAAUUCUGACCGCAGUGUUCACGACACGCUCGAUGGGCUAUCUACAGGAUCCAAACCAGGUAUUAGUGGGCGAGAAGGUUCCGGCCACUACAAACGGCAGUUACGCUCAGAAGAGAGCUACCGACGUUGUUUCCAUUCUAAUCUCGAUCGUUCCGAACCUGCCAAUCAUUCUUGUCGAGAACGACAGAGUCACAAAGGUCAUAUCCGACAUCUCCACAUCCGUAAUCGGUCCUACGUUCCGCGCGAGGUCGUUCCCAGACAACGUCACCGAAAGCAUGCUGAAUCUGCUUCGUAGCUUGACCAAAAUAGCACAAGGGAACAAAUUCCUGAAGAAGGAUAUACAAGACUCUUUCAACGACCCUAAAUUCUUCAACACGCCACUUCCACUUCUCAGAGACUCGUGGUUGCCUAUCUUAGCGCAAUGGACGCAGUCAGACAAAGAUCGGGUGCCAGAACUUCUUUCGCGUCUGUCUGCGCCAACGACAGCCGGGAUUAUGUUUGGUGUUGGCGCUGCAUCCGCGAGACAAGAAGCCGAUCGCAGGACUCAGCUCACAUUUCGACGCAUUACGCUCCUUGUUCUCGCCAGCCCAGAAGAUGCUUUUACACCUAACAUUCCACAGAUCAUGGAGAAGGCUGUUGAAUUGCUAACUGCAACUCCGGCAUCAUCUCCCUCAUCAGCCACUCGCGCAGACGUGCUCAUCUUACUGCGCGCCGUCAUCCUCAGAACCUCGCCUGUGCAUCUGGCGCCACUGUGGCCUGUAAUUAAUGGCGAGUUAACUUCGGCGUUGUCGUCACUUCUUCCAGACGCCGACAACAAAGAGCAUUACACCAACGCUAGUAUCGUACAAGCAUGCAAACUACUUGAUCAACUGGUUGUUUUAGAUCCGGACGACUUCCAACUCAUGGAAUGGCUCUUCAUUACGGAUACAAUAGACGCAGUCUAUAAGCCGACGGUCGCACCCCCACUUCUCUCCCUCACGGACGAAAUCAACGAGGUGCUUGCGUAUACCUCCGGUCCCAAUGCAGCAUUGAUUCUACCACCACAAUCAUACUCUAACACGGACGACCCGAAGAGAACGCUUCUUUUGGAUCCACUGAUCAAUGCGCUAGAGAAAGAAGAAGGUGCUGCGGUUCUCGACAUGGCGAGGCGCGAGCUCGUGGACAGAGUUGUGAGGCCGUUCUUGGGGGCCAUGGCAAUGAAUGCUUUUGAAGCGCGCUAUGGAGGGGGGGAUGCUGACUGGGAGGGAGUGUGGAGGAGUGUGGUUAGAGAUGCUGGGUCGUAGAAAGGGGAGUGGAUUUGAGAAGGAUGUAGAUGCAGUGAUGAUUGUGUCAACCAAGAGCUGCUCAGUUCGUAUUGCUAAUCCGAGUCUUGAUCGAUCGUUUCGUGUGAGCAGUGUAGUGAUAGUGAGAGGUAGGUGCCCGUACUUCUACAUAAAGCGAAUACGAUCUC